UGCGAGUUAGGUACAUUACUUUAUUUGUACUGUCAGUCUUUAAGCCGAAAGUUGUGUUUUUAGAGACAUAGGUACAGUUUUUGCAAGUUCCUUGCAAUCUGUUUACAAAUUGUUAAACUUAUAGUAAUUUUUAUUAAAAUGCCUACUGUAAUUGUAUUAGAUUUAUCACUUUCGAUGCAAUGUAGUAUACCUGGAAGAAGUGAAGAAAAUAUAUUAACAUAUCAUCAAUUAGCUUCUAAAGCUAUAUCUCAGUUGCUUGAAUACUUAACAAACAACUCGAAACUUGAACAUGUAGCUUUAGUUUGUUUUUCUGCAGUUGCUGAAUUAAAAGUUGACUUUACUCGUGACUAUGAGUUAAUACGUCAGGCAGUCAAAAAAGUAGAGAUCGCAACAAAGUCCAAUGCAUUGGGAUUGCUGCAGUUUCUUGGUCCGCUUAUACAGAACAAUUGGGGAUUACAAAACUAUUGCCAUAUUGUUUUGUUCACUGACUGCCCUAUUGGUUUUCCAGAUAAUUUAUUGCAAAAUUAUAUUCAACUUAAAAGUAAAACCGAUAAAAAAGAUCCGUGGAUGGAAAUGUUGCAGAAGACUAAAAUUAAUUUAGUUGGAAUGGGUGUUAGCAGUAAUAAAAAAUUUAUGCACUCGUUGGAUGUUUACAAAAAGCUAUUUGAAGUUUGUAAUUUAAAAUUUCAAAUUUUUACUCCCAAACACACUAAAGACUUAAACAAAGAUGAGUGUGAUCCAAAAGUUAGUCGCACCAGCUCUCAACCUUUUGGAACAAAUUUGCCGCAUACAAGUCAUAAGAGUGAGCUGGGACGCACAUCAAUGUUCGAGAUGAUAGAUCGUCUUUGCGAAAUAAAUUUCAGACCCAUGGAAGCACUGUUAAAAUGUGGUGGUUAUUUUCGUCUGGAAUGCCCUGUAACGUUGUGGCCACCAUUUCCCUCUUAUUAUGGCAUUGACAUUGAUCGUCAUUUAUCGCAUAAAUUAGAAGUAUGUGGCUAUUUAUCACUUUUAGAAAUUGGUUCACCUGCAUCAGUGAGCCGUCACGUAAUAUUACCAAAAUUAGAUAAACGUCGAGACAAACUUGUUUUGUUUAAAGGCAAAUAUGAAUUCCCACCGCCACUAAAUGAUCUUGAAGGACUUGAAAAUGAUAUGCGUAACUUUUACUUAAAAGAUGAUGAUUGCAUUGAUGAUGCGGAAGCAUUCAAAUUGGGUGCACCUAAUUUAUCUCCACCGACUGAAAAGGAAUCUUUGAUUGUUUUAUUACAUAAUGCGCUAAAAUCGGAGAAUCUAGGUGCUCUUGUCUUACUCAAUAAUAAUUGGUACGGUUUUAUAUUUGCCUGCUCUGAUAGUAAGAAAAAGUCUAGCUUGUUGUUAAAUGUAUUACCACCAGGAAAUAAUGUUAUUCCAUGGCUUGGUGAUCUACGAUCGCUAUGUAUUAGCGAUGAUCCACAAACGAAUGAAGCAACCUGUUCAUAUUCUGCGAAAUCUGAAAAACGUUCAUAUUCGCAAAAUUGUGUGGUUUGGAUUCGACAAUCAAGCUUACAUUCGGACGUGCAAAAAGUGUUACGACAUGCUAAGAAAAUGCCUGAAAAGACGCAACAUUUCUUCAAGGAACUUAAUCGUAUACGUCGUGCUGCAUUAUCUUUUGGAUUUAUUGAACUGCUUGAAGCAAUGGCAUUGCUAUUUGAAAAGGAAUGUGAACAGAUACCAGUCAAUACAAAUCCUGAAUGUGUGAUCCAAUUGAAACACGCAGCAGCUGAGCUUCGUAAACCUGCUAAUCUUGACUUAAAAAUAACUAUUUUUCCAGCAGCGACUCUCGCUGAAGUCAAUGCAAUUAAUUCGAACGCUUUGACUGUAAAUGCUGGAGCAGUGACUAGUAACUUUGUAUUCAGGGAUGGAUCUUAAAGGUUGAGUCUUUAUUGAAAACUGUCAACACUUAUCUAAUAUCUAAUAAGUAUACAUGUAAUUUGAUAUUUAUAUAUAUAUAUAUUAUAUGUACAUGUAAUUUAAAAUUUAUAUACAUAUAUAAUAUAAGUCGAAACACAUUUUCCAACAAAAUCACAACAAAUCACGUGAAAGACAAAACUGAGAAUUGGUAACAAUGUAAACUAACGUUAGACAUUUGCAGAAUACUGUAUUUCGUUCAAGAUUAUUAAAUAUUAUGUGUCUGUUUGUAAUGAAUAUACAUCCAAUUUGUUAUGAGUAAAUUUGUCGUUUACAACUGCAAGAAACUUAAUUUUUCCACAAAGCCAAGCUAUGCAAGUGAAGAUGGUAACUUGUGUAUAAAAAAACUGAGCUGAUUGGACUUUAUUUGGGAAAAACAUGUCUGUUAAAAUAUAACAACUCGAACUUAUUAUUUCAUGUAUGAUCACUUAUAUUUUGUUAGUGUAGUCACCAAUCAAACUAAUAUCGCACAACAUAUUUUACUUAGGCAAAACCAACUCUGAUAUUAGAGCAAAUGCAUACAUAGCUUCUAGUUCAUACUUAAGAAGGGGAGUAGACACAAUACUUGAUCAGUACUCAGAACAGUUCAUAAAAAUCAAAAUUUUUGAUAUAGAUCGUCUUUUACUAAAAAAUCCUUCGAAUGACCUCUACAAAAAGUGCAUUUUGCAUUUUGAAAUUUUUAAGAAAAUAUUUGAUACGUAUUGUUAUGUAAAUGGCAUUAAAAAAAUCAUAAUGAACAGUAUAGAAGAAGAAAUAAGCCGAUGUGCGGUAGUCACUGCGAAAUUUUGUUAAACUUUUUAAUAAAAGUGACAACUAAAAUGUUGCUAGGAUAGUUCAAAAAUUAACAACAAACUAAGAAAAUUGUGGAAAUAUUAGUCUAAUAAUAUUUAUGAAUGAUGCUUACUUAUCAUAUAAUAGGCAAACCUCAUAUUUUUGUAUGAAUACAGUAUAAUAUUUCAGCAAAUAGUUUGUUUCAACGUUCAAAUAGUUUGGAAGAACUUGUGCAUUUCAUGCACACAAAGCCAGCCAUAUAUUUUAAGAAAAAAAAAACACUUCUUUCUUACGAAUGAACUAAGCUAUGUUUGCAUUUGCUCUAAUAUUAGAGUUGGUUUUGCCUAACCACAAUGUGUUGUGUGUGAUAUUGGUUUGAUUGGUGACUACACUAACAAAAUAUUAGUGAUCAUACAUGAAAUGAUAAGUUCGAGUUGUUAUAUUUGAAUAGACGUGUUGUUCCCAUUGCGUUACCUUUUCAGAAUUCAUGAUUUUUUUAACAGAGGCAAAUUAUAUGUCUAUAUUUUUGAUCAUAUGUUCGGUCACUAUCAUCAGUACUUCUUUUUUUAGUACUUGCAAUUGCUUUUAUAGUUGAAUCCGUCAUAUAUAAAACCUUUAUUUAGAACAAAAAAAUAUAUAAAAAAUAAAUGCAUAAACAGUCAAAAACAAAGCAAAUAUGUGAAAAAAAAUUUCGGUUUUGGUAAACCGAAACAUAAACAACACA